UUGCCCCCAACAACCCUUAAAAUCCUUUCCCACACUCCCUCUCACACACACAUGGGGCUCCUGAAUCAACAAAUAGUAGUGUACCGACCGCAUGGGUUGGAAAAUUCAUCGAGGAUGCCAUGGAGUGAGGGGACCAUCAUCAGGGAGGCAUAAAAAGAACACAAACGUUGAUUCUAUUUACCGACUCAACACAGCCGGAAUGAAGGUUAAACAACCGAAACAGUAUCGUCCACCGAGAAAGGGGUACAGAGAGAGAGAGAGGGGGUUUUUGGAAGCGUUCGCCGUACAAAUUGGGCUUCGCCGUAGGACGGGCCGGGUGUAAAACAACACACAAAACCCAGCAGCAGAAAGAAAAGCAUACAAUAUUCAACCUCAAACGUUACGUAGCAUAACUUUGAAUAUCUCCCACUGCCCACACCUCCGCCCAUCGUUUACUGCAACAUCGGGUGGAAAUUUCCCAAACGAUAGGCACCUAGACUCAAUGUGCUGGAAAAUUCCAGCCACAUGUGUGGUGGUGGUGGGCGUGCGUGUGAUGUAGCCGCGGCUUGUUGCUUUUCAAGUGGCUACCACCAAUGGUGCUUAUCAUUCGAAACAAAUGCAGAACGGAGUCGUUUUACAAACAAAACACAACUACGGUGACUUCCCCUCUAACGAACAGUGCCAAGCACACGGAGCUGGGCUCAAUAUCAAGUUGCCAGCCAGCUGAAGAACAAGCGAGGCAUCAUAAAUAACGAGAAUGAACAAAACAUACAACAACAAAAAAAUUGCCCAGCUACAAAUACUCCCGCGGUGUACGCUCGUUAGUAUCGAUCGUCGAGGUGUACGUGCGAAUUAUUCGACCAUCCUGUGCCAGUACUGGGACACCUUUUCGUCCUUCUCAGCCAUUUCAUCAACAACACUGUAAACAAUCCAACAAAACAGCCGGUGCUGCUCAGCUGUCAACACAUUGUUUUUCUGGAUCGCUCUCACACAUUCUAGAAACUACACAGCCGCAUACCUCUGGACGAAAUUCGCAACUAAUGCGCCUCUGGCGGUGUGAAAUAACCAGCAAUGGAUGACACGGAAAUUGAACUGUGCCCGCGCAUUAGCACGGUCUCGAAGGACGGGCAUGCGGAUGAUCCCGGCCAGCAGGUGAAAUCGAACGCCAUCGUGCGCUUUUCGAUCGUGCAGAGUACGGUACCGUUCGGUCGGCUCAAGUGCAACACCAAUCUCAACAUGCCACCGUCCAACUGGCUGAGCAAUUCGGCCAACUCCUACGGCUUGGGACAGUUCCUGUCCCACCAGGCCGGUUUCAGCAGCUUCCGGAUGGCGAACAUGUUUCCCGACUGCGUUGGCGGCGUGGACGUGGUGUCGGACUCGGAAAACAUCAAGCGUCUGCUCAAGCUGCCGUACUCGCGCAAAAGCGUCAUCUCGAUGAUUGUGCAUCGCAUCGAAAACACGCUGCUGAUCGACGAGUUUGACGUGGCCAAGUAUCUGCUGCUGCAGGAGGAAGCCGAAUGGCACUGGCUGCGCUCGUUCAUCUACGAAAACAUUCUGAAGAGUCUGAACGACAGCGAGCGGAAGUUGUUCCUGCAUCCCAAAACGCGCGAAGCAUUUCAGCAGAAGUAUCUCACCUCCAAGUUUCUGUACCACAGCUUGCAGACGGGGACGGAACAGGAGGACGCGACCGCAAAAAGUGAACCGCACGAUGUGAUACUGAACAAUUGCGCACCGUACACGCCACUGCCCCACGCCGGACCGCUACUGCCCGAGCCGACGGAGGAGGAGCACUUUCCCGAUGCGCAGCAGAGAAAUCACAUGUUCAAUCGCAACGUGAUCUGGACGUUCGAGGACAUCCGGAUGCUGAUCGGGACGGAUCUGCCCAUCUUUGGUGGAGCGAAUCGUCCGUGCAUAAGCCUACGGCUGCGCGACGAAUCGAAACCGAUCAACGUACUUACCGGCAUCGAUUACUGGCUGGACAAUUUGAUGUCCAACGUGCCGGAGGUGGUCAUGUGCUACCAUCUGGACGGUAUCGUGCAGCGGUACGAGCUGAUCAAGACCGAGGAUCUGCCACGGUUGGAGAAUUCCGAGUUUUCUCCCCAGCUCAUCCGCAACGUGGCCCAGAACAUUCUCGCCUUUCUGAAGGCGAACGUCACCAAGGCGGGCCACACCUACUGGCUGUUUAAGGCGCGCAACGAUGACGUUGUGAAGCUGUACGAUCUGACCACCCUGUGCGAAGCGCACGGCGAGGGCGGAACCGCGGCAGAGGAGGAUGGAACGGCCAAGAAAGGGGAUACGGAGGAAUUGUCCUCUAAGCAACCCGCGCCCACCGGUGCUGCCAAGGUUGGAGAAGAUAACAAUCCCACCAGCCUACCGCCGGGUGGACAGAAUCCUUUCACCGUGCCGGUUGCGAUGUUACUUUACACCGUAGCGAGAAAUAUGAAAAAUUCCGUCGAAAAUGGCACUGUGUCGGCGUCAAAAGCGGGUGCCAUCCGGACGCUGCUGAACAAUUGCAUCACCCUGCUGCCCAAGGAAAAGUAUCCGCAGAUUGUUACGUCCUCACAUUACAUUCUGUCCGAUUUGCAUAUUCCUGCGGACACGGAUCCAUGUUCACCCAAGUUCAACACUACGAUCGACGAGGAUGAAGACGACGAUGUUGGCUAUCUGUGCGGUGAGCGCAAUUCCACGCCCUCGGAAAACGGGCUGGACGAGACGGAGGAUGAAGCGCCAGCGGCUGUGAAGGAGCAGGAAGGGCAGCGGGAACCAACAGGAGGCAGCGUAAAGCUGGAAGCAGCCAUCCAGAGCAUCAAAGAUACGCUCAAAGAGUACAAGGUGGAGGAGCGAUUGGGCAAGCAUCACAACUCCCGUCCGGCGCCACUGCUCUGCAGCACGGCGGAACGGUGCAACAUUGCGCUGCAGCAUAUCGUCGACGGAUUGCAGUGUCUGCAGUAUUUCGACAAUUACGAGGAGCAGAAGCAGCGCGAGAAGGAAAAGGAAGCCGAACGGCAAAAGAUCGUCCACGAGGAGACACACCCAAACAUGGCAAAGUCGGACAAUGCGAUCCCGCUGCCGUACCAACCGCUGCGCCCGGAGCCGUGCCCGGUCGAUCCGGCAAAAAUCAUCCCGAUGGGCUGGAAGGAGGGGUGCGCGGGUGCACAAGAGGAGAAGGAUUCCGAACGGAACGGAAAGGCGGGCAAAAAGCGCUCGAAGCGUAAAGAUGCGGAAAAGCAACGAAAGGGCGGCAGUGGCGGCUCGAACAAGCCGGAUGCCGGUCCCGAUCGUGCGCCGGAAGCGGAUCCGCGGGCGCUUUUGCUGAAGGGACAGAUUGGUGUGAUUAAAUCGUGGAACGUGCACUUAAAGAUACUGCUGUUCGAGAAAGCCUGCCUCGUGUAUGCGACCAUGGCAGAGCAAGAGUACGCACAGCAGCGAUACGGAGCGACCUUGCGCUAUCUAUACUCUGCCAUCCGCUGCCAGCAGGUGGUGACGAAGCACAUCUCGUGCGUAUCCUCCCAGCUUGGCAACUUGCUGGGUCGAGCGGGCGAUUGCUUUUUCCAGCUCGCCAAAGAUUGGGAUCGGAUUGGCGAGCAUUUGGCCCAGUUUGCGGCCCAGCAUCCUCUCGAUCAGCUGAUUAUGGAGGAGCUAGUGAAGGACAUUGGCAGCGAGGUGGAAAACACGCUACCCGUGCCGACGGCAAACAUGGAACAGCUCAUAGUGACCAGCUGCGGCUGCUACGAAACUGCCAUUGCCGUGGCGACCAAGGACGAGGACGAGUUGCGGCGCCGGCUCGGCAGUGUUCGAAACGAGCUCGGCGUCAAGUAUAUGCACUGGGCGCAGGAAGAGUAUCAGAAGUACGUGGAACGCACGGAGGACGGCGCGCUCGAUUCGACGGAACCGUUGUAUCAGCUGUUGACGAAGAAAUCGUACGAUUCGCUGCAGAAAGGCAUCGCGCUGUUUGAGGCCGUCAACGACACGACGAAUCUAGCGUUUCUCCUGUGCAACAUGGGCCGGUUCAUGCGGUUCCGGGCACACAUUCAUCUGGUCGGCGAAAAACCGAACAAUGUGACAGCAAUGAAGAAAUUCUACCACGAAGCAUUUGAAUACUACCAUCGAGCGCUCGGGAUUCUCGGUUCGCGCAAGGAUUAUCCGGACAUGUGGUCGUUGGUUACGUGGGAGCUAUCUACGGCCACGUUCAAUCUGGCCAGGCAGCUGCAGGAUCAUAACGUGAUUGCGGUCGACGGACAGGGAGGUCAAUCGCAGUCACAGGAAGAGGUCGAGCAGGAGGUGGUUGAAAUGCUGCAGCGAGCGUUGAAACUGUGCGAUCAAGACAACAGCGGUCCCAAACAGGUCCUGUACUCCUUCCGUGCUGGUCUCAUUCACCAUCGUAUUGCAUCGUACCACCACAUGUCGUACCGUUCGACGGCCGUUGAACAUCGCCGUAAAACAUCCCUGCGACUCACAAAGCUCCACUACGAAAAGGCUGCCAACAUCUUUGAAAGCCUCUCGGAACCGCAGGAAUAUCUGCAGAUCCAAAUGGAACGCAUCGCGCUGCAGGAGUACCAAUGCGAACAGGCGUCUGCAUCGGUCGCAAAAACGUCCCACCUGCUCGGUGCAUUGUCCCUCUGCAAGCAGGCAUAUCCGCUAAUCGAACACCUUGCCAUCACAAAGCCACACGCCGUCGACGAGCCUCCGACCGGCACGGCGGACAGCGGCGGCAGCAGCAACACCAAUGACGGUAACGCUGGCGGCUACGAGGAGCUGCAGAAGCUGCUGGAGCUGUUUGAAAAGCGACUGCAGGUGAUUUUGCGAACGCUCACGAAGCUGUCGCUUCAAGCGGCCGGCGACCAGAAGGACCCCACGGCCACCCAUUACAAAGCGCUGUUCGCGGUGGCCUUACAGAAAAAACCGGCCCAAGUAGCGGAAGAUGUUCCGCCGCCCAAGGGUGGCGGUGAGGCCGGUGCAGUGAUCAAAGAGUAUGCCUUGCACCUGUCCAACGUUUUGCGGCAGAUAUGUGAUCUCGAUCGCGACCACGAAGCGGUAGCGCGGCGGACAGCAGCGCCGCGAUAAACGCCCGGCGGGCAGGGCGGGUGUCUAAAUUGUUGUGAAUGAAACGCUUCCCGUUACUCGCUUUGUCGCCGCCGCUGUGUUGUGAAGUACGAUUCAUGUUUGCCGUGUUUUUUUACUGAAAUAAACUCCGUACAAUAUCCGUACAACCGCGCACUGUUUUAA